AUGUUAUUGUCGAUGUAUUUGCGGCGAUUCGAUCGACUCCGGAUUGUAUGUCCUCCCUCCUUUCGGCUUCUAUCUGGGAAACCCAUUUCGAAUGUUGACGGCGAGAACCAUCGAUGUCAAGAGGAUCAGUCGAGCUACGAUCAGAAAACAGUAUGCGAAGCGCUCACUUGUUACAUCAACGAUUGGCAAAAGGCGUUGGAGUUCUUCAACUGGGUCGAGAAAGACUCCGGAUUCACACACACCACCGAGACGUUCAAUCGGAUGAUCGACAUUCUGGGUAAGUAUUUCGAAUUCGAAACUUCCUGGAGUUUGAUCAAAAGGAUGACCGGAAACCCGGUUUCUCUCCCGAACCACGUCACUUUCCGUAUAGUCUUCAAGCGUUACGCGAUGGCGCAUCUUGUUCAGGAAGCGAUCGAUGCGUAUGACAAAUUGGAUGAUUUCAAUUUGAGAGAUGAAACGUCUUUUUAUAACCUCGUCGAUGCGCUUUGCGAGCAUAAGCAUGUGGUUGAAGCAGAAGAGCUUUGCUUUGGGAAGAACGUGAUCGGUAAUGGGUUUAGUGUGAGUAAUACGAAGAUUCACAAUCUGAUUCUUCGUGGGUGGUCGAAAUUGGGAUGGUGGGGUAAAUGCAAAGAGUAUUGGGAGAAGAUGGAUAACGAAGGUGUUGCAAAGGAUUUGUUUUCGUAUUCGAUUUACAUGGAUAUUAUGAGCAAGAGUGGGAAGCCAUGGAAAGCUGUGAAAUUGUACAAGGAAAUGAAGAGUAAGAGGAUAAAGCUCGAUGUGGUUGCUUACAACACUGUGAUUCGGGCCAUUGGAGCGUCGCAAGGUGUUGACUUUGGUGUCAGGGUGUUUAAGGAGAUGAGGGAGAGAGGUUGUGUGCCUAACGUUGCGACGUAUAAUACAGUUAUUAAGCUUCUGUGUGAAGAAGGGAGGAUGAAAGAAGCGUAUGAGAUGCUUAACGAGAUGCCAAAGAAAGGAUGUGGACCGGAUUCGAUUACUUAUAUGUGUUUCUUUGGUAGAAUGGAGAAACCGAGAGAGAUACUUGGUUUGUUUGGUAGGAUGAUGAGGAGUGGGGUUAGGCCAAGAAUGGAUACGUAUGUGAUGCUGAUGAGGAAGUUUGAGAGAUGGGGAUUUCUUCAGCCGGUGUUACAUGUGUGGAAGACGAUGAAAGAGUCUGGGGACACUCCUGAUUCUUCUGCUUAUAACGCUCUGAUCGAUGCUUUGAUACAGAAAGGAAUGUUGGAUAUGGCUAGGGAAUAUGAAGAUGAAAUGGUUGAAAGAGGGUUGUCUCCAAGGAGAAGGCCUGAGUUGGUAGAAAAGUCCUUAGAAGAAACCUUAGUUUGUGGAUAA